AAUAUCUCCAAAGCCGUUAGCAAUUUAAGAUAUCGUCUCAUAGGUUUAAAGAAAAUUAGUGGCAACAGACCAUGGCUAAUGCGUUUGCAUUAUUCCUUCUAGUUGUAAUAACAACUUCGGUUUUGGAAGCUCAUGGAUCUACGUUUUCCCAGCCAAUGAAUACACAGCAUGGAUAUUGCGAGGGACGGGCGUUUGGCCGUAUUGCAGUAGGUGAAGUCGGUUAUGACGAUACCAAUUGCUUGAAGUAUACUUGCAGUCCAUGGGAAAUUAGUGGUGAAGGGUGCAGUAAGGUUCAAUCGCCUGAGGGUUGUCAACUUGUUAAAGGUUCGGGCCAUUUCCCAGAUUGCUGUCCGAAAAUGCAGUGCAGUUAAUCGCUUCUUGAAGACGUAUAAAUUGUAACUAGCUUGCUACAAUCUAAAAGGAAAUAAAUGUAAUACAGUUCAAA